GAGAUCGACGUCUCCAGGUUCGACGUUGGCGACGCAGUCGAGAAGCUCAAGAAGUUGGGCGGGUUCCACUCAUCGGCCAUCGUUUCGAACGACGGGUUGCUGCGCAUCGCCCGAUCGGCCGCUGCGACCGCGGCGUUCGAGCGGGCCCGCCCGGGCAUGAGCGCGGCGGACAUCGUCUCGGAGCUGACGGCCGUCAAGGAGGUGGCUUCCGGCGCCCAGCACGCGAGGGGCCAGGUCCUCAAGGUGCCCGAGGAGACGCUGGCAACCGUGCCGGAGCAGGGGGCGCAGCUCAACGCGUUGGCCGAGAAGGCUGAGCUCGCCUUCAAGCAGGCGUCCAUCAG